CAUUGUAGGUACCUAAGAAGGUGUUCAUCCUCCCUAUCAAUGAUAGGAGUAGCACGUAGCUGGUGUUUGAUCACAUUAGUGUGCUGCCCAAUGAAAGCUCCAGUCUUUGUAAUUCCCCAGCCACGCUUCCACAGUCCACAGGUAACUAGCUAGGUUCGGGAGUCCACUAUGACCAGUAGCGCAGGAGAAUCUUUGGAGCAGGACUAACCUUUUGUCCGUCAAUUCGCCUCCAAUCAAUUAGAGAAUCAAGCCCCAUGGUCUCCCCAAUUCCCUAAAGACCUCGCUUACUUCUGACAGUCCGGACAUAUACCUAGCGACAUUCUCAAGAUGCUGUCACUAUCGGGGCGUGCUCUCCCACGCACCCUUCGUGUGCUUCCUGAUCAAGCGCUGUGCGCCUCUCGACUUCCCCGAGUCGCUCUUUUGUCGACAUCCUCAACCAAAGCUGCGACGGCUCUCGAACAGCGGGGCAAUGCUGGACUGACUGCCUCCGGCAAGGCCCGGAGGGAGGUGCCCUUGCCGAGCCAGGAGAAGAAAGAGGGCGCGAUGCAAUAUGUCCUGACGACACUUGACCAAGUUGCGAACUGGGCUCGCCAGAGUUCUCUAUGGCCCAUGACCUUUGGACUUGCCUGCUGUGCCGUCGAGAUGAUGCACCUGUCCACACCCCGGUACGAUCAGGAUCGUCUCGGUAUCAUUUUCAGAGCCUCGCCUCGACAAUCCGAUGUCAUGAUUGUCGCGGGUACCUUGACGAAUAAGAUGGCACCGGCCCUUCGACAGGUAUAUGAUCAAAUGCCCGAUCCUCGGUGGGUUAUUAGUAUGGGAAGCUGCGCCAACGGUGGCGGCUACUACCAUUACAGCUACUCUGUUGUCCGCGGCUGCGACCGGAUUGUCCCUGUUGAUGUCUAUGUUCCUGGUUGCCCGCCUACUUCGGAGGCGCUGAUGUAUGGAAUUUUCCAACUUCAGAAGAAAAUGCGGCACACAAGGAUAACCCGCAUGUGGUACCGGCGUUGAUUUUCUUUCUCUCUUUUAAAGAGUUUUGUCUGGUUAGCAUGGGGACUCGUGGUCCAGAGAUUGCGAUGUGACAUUAGAUUUCUUUUACCAAGGUUAAUGUACAAAUUUCGCCCAUUGCUAUUGCAAAGGCCGUUCAUACA